AUGGAGCCCUUGUCUGACGGUGUCCUGGUUCACAACCUCUCGUCUCGUCGCCUCACACAGCAACAGCUGGAGGUUUUAUCCUAUGACGCUAAGUUCAACACAAGAGAUGCUCGACCGGAAGAUUUCAUCGCAUCCUUCGAGUCGGCCCUUCAGAAGUGUGAAGCCAACGAGGAGUACAAAAAUUCCAUGCGGCAGCAAGUGUCAACUCUUCUCCUCCAGCACAAACCUCAAAGGGUGAUUUCCGAAGCAGAAGACCGAGAACUUCUGAGAAUGCGAAAGAUGAGAGAUAUCGUCACCCUGCCAGCCGACAAGGGACGCUCGACGGUUGUCAUGGACAAGACCGAGUACACGGCGAAACUGGAAGGUCUGCUGGAGGACGAAGUUGCCUAUAAGCUUUCGGAGACUGGAGAAUUCAAGAAGCACGUGAACAGUGUAAACAAGGCGAUAGACAAGUUAAGGAAGGCAGGAGCCCUCAAGAGGCAGGAAGCACUGGCCGCAAAAGCCACCGAUGCCGCCAUGGCGCGCUUCUACGGUCUGCCAAAAGUGCAUAAACCGGGAGUACCUCUACGCCCCAUAGUCUCAUUACGCGGCACCCCGACCUUUGGACUGUCGAAAUGGCUUUACCAACGAUUCCGUUUCCUGACCGGGGAUUCCGAAUGUACGGUGAAAUCGGCUGAGCAGUUUUUGAGGAGUAUCAGACAUCUAGAAAUAGAGUCAGACGAGAUGAUGGUAUCGUUUGAUGUGGUCUCCUUAUUCACCUCCAUCCCAACCGACCUUGCCAUCAGCACCAUUAACGAGCUAAAUCAGGAGAAGUACGAUGAAACCGAUCAACGGCUUACACGAACGCACGUCAUCGAACUCCUGGAAUUGUGCCUCAGGACUUUCUUCACUUUCAACAACCGGGUUUACGAACAAAAGAAGGGAACACCCAUGGGCUCCCCGCUGUCUGGACUGAUUGCCGAGGCUGUUCUGCAGAGGCUCGAGCGACUGGUCGUCAGUUCGUACUCCCCUAAAUUCUGGGCCAGAUACGUCGACGACACAUUUGUCGUAGAGUUGCGAAAAUUCCCAUUGUAA